UCGCUCCGGAUGUUUGCCUGUGACUGCCCGAGAAAGUUCCUGGCCGAUGAAAACACAAACACCCCUCACACAGGGAGGCUAAUGUCAGUUAUAGCUGCUGCCGUUAGUUAAAUAGCAAACUGCUGUGUCACCAUGCUACUGAAAUCAUGCUGCAUUUACAGCACCGGAGUUUUGUCUAUACUACUGUUGAUCUGCGGCAUUGCUCUGGUCUUAUCCUCCGUGUUUCCACAUUUUCUACAGUCCAUGGUUGAAAAGGAAGUGGUGUUGAAGAAUGGCACGGAGGCAUUCGAGGCCUGGGCGGAUCCACCGGCCCCAAUCUACAUGCAGUUUUACUUCUUUAACCUGACCAACCCGGAGGAGGUGCUGGGGGGGGAUAGGCCUGCUGUGGUGGAGAUCGGACCGUAUACUUACAGAGAGUACCGGCCCAUGGAACAAGUGGACUUCCAGGAUAAUGGCACUAAAGUCGCAGCUGUCAACACAAAGACCUACAUAUUCCAGCGUAACAUGUCCCGAGGUCCAGAGAGUGACCUCAUCAGGACGGUUAACAUCCCUGCAAUGACAGUGAUGGAGCAGUUCAAGGACUCGACUAUUAUGGCCAAUCUGAUCUCCGCCUAUAUGAAGUCCAGUGGUGAAGGCCUGUUCAUCACGCGCACAGUGGGAGAGCUGCUGUGGGGUUAUGAAGACGCCCUGCUCAAAGCCCUCAGUGUUAUGAAACCUGACCUGGAUGAUGUUUUCGGGCUCUUCUACAAGAGCAAUGCUUCCAAUGAUGGUGAAUAUGUCUUCUUCACUGGUCAGCAAAACUAUAAGGACUUUGCCAGGGUGGAUACAUGGAAGGGUGAAAGCACGCUGAAUUGGUGGACGUCUGAUGAAUGCAAUAUGAUCAAUGGAACCAACGGAGCAUCUUUCCAUCCAGUCGUCACCAAGGAUGAGACGCUCUACAUGUUCUCCUCUGACCUGUGCAGGUCUCUGUACGCUCAGUAUGAGGAGGAUGUGCAAGUGAAGGGGAUCCCUGGGUAUCGCUUCAGUCCCCCUAGCCAGGUGUUUGCCAAUCAGACCGUGAACCCAGCCAACGCAGGCUUCUGUGUCCCUGCUGGAAACUGCCUGGGCUCUGGUGUGCUGAAUGUCAGCCUAUGUAAACAAGGAGCUCCCAUCAUAAUGUCUUCACCACACUUCUACCAGGCAGAUGAGAAAUUUGUUCAGGAUAUAUUUGGCAUGAAGCCCAAGAAGGAGCAGCACCAGACUGCAAUUGAUAUUAAUCCGCUCACAGGAAUCAUCCUGCAGGCAGCAAAGCGGUUGCAGGUCAACGUGUAUGUCGAGAAAAUUGCCACCUUCAGUCAAACAGGAAACGUGAGGACUGUGGUCUUUCCUGUGGUUUAUCUCAAUGAGAGCGUUGUCAUUGACGACGCCUCGGCCACGAAGCUGCACAUGAUCAUGGUUGAGCGGAACGUGGUGGUGAACAUUCCCUUCAUGCUGAUUGGUCUAGGCAUAAUUCUGGGAGGAAUCUUCAUGUUCCUGAUGUGUCGACAGAAGGUCCCUGAGAGCACUGCAGCUGAACGACAGCCCCUGCUCUCAUCAUAGCACCGAACAGUAUGUAGAAAGAAGGAGGACUGCCCAUCUGCAGUAUAAUUACACAUUUCAUGGGUUCAAUGGAUCUGCAGUUUUUACCAUUAACCCUCAAGUUAAUAGUUUCCAUUAAUAACCAGAAUCCCACCUUUUAAUCAGCUUUUAUUUUAAAUCUAAUGGCUUUAGGAUCAAAGGUGAAGAGUUUGUUAUAGGGCUGGGGCUAUCGUCUUACGCACACGUCAGUUUUAAUAAUGCUGAAAGACAUAUUUUUUUUAAUUAAAUCUGAAAUCUUGAAUAUUUUUCUUUUUUACUUUCUUAAUAUGGGAUUUUGAAUUGAAACUACAUAAAUUGAAUCUCCCACCAAAUAUGAUUUGAGGAGGUCAGCUCUGAAGUAAUCAGACCUCCAGGAAUUGAAGUGAAAAUGUAUCGUGCCGUUAUUUGAGCAUAGCCCAUGUUUUUGUGUGAAAUCGCUGCUUUUUUGAGUGUGUGAGUGUAUGAAUGUGUGUGUGUGUAUGUGUGUGUCCAUAACACUGUCUGUGUGUUUUUUAAAAAAUGGCCCAGUCAUCAGUUUUCAGCAUGGUCUGGUGAGAUUGUUGAGGCAUUAGUAAGAAGAAUGUUUAUAAAGCUGUUUUAGUGCAAGAAAAAAGUCAAUAUUUCACAUUUUUGUAUCGUUUCCAAGCAUAAGCCAAGUAAAUAACCAAGUCAAGCUGCGUGAAACGACUGCUGGCAUGAUUAUUCUUUAUGUCAAAUCUAUAGUGAGCUCAUCUUCCUUUUAAAACCAUGUACUCUGUUGUAACCUCCAGUGGAAAUCCAGUAAUCUACAUUAUAUGCAAACAGUAUAAUGUGGAUUUACAUCCAAAUAGUAUUACUUCAACAGUCGCAGAAUAAAGGGAAGGGUUUUGCCUGGUGCGUGGUACGAUGUCUUGCCCCAUGAUGGUGUGAAGCAAUGUGCAAUGUUUUCUUUCCCCCGAUCCCAAUUUGUCACCAUGAAUGUGUAAUUUUGAAUUAUACACUGAUAUUCGGCAGAAAUCAGUGUGUGGAUGGCUUCAUGCUGGUGACACUACUGAUAGAUGUUUUGUCAAAUAGAAAAUUGUUUUUUUUUUUCCUUUCAACCACUAGGAAUUGUUCAUGAUUUUUAUGGUUACAAAUCCCACUUUUAAACAGCUUUUAAUGAGUUUAUUGUGUCUUUAUUUAAAGGUACACUAUGCAGGGUUUUCACAGAAAAAAAGCAAUGUAUAGACUCAUGUAAAAGUAAUCCCUUUCAAUCAUCACUUGUGACCCCACGAGAAGUGUGUGGCAAUGUGUUUAUCUGCUUUUUUUGCUGUGUGCGGGACAUUUCUGGGCAAAGAGUGCAGGUGAGGGGGGGGCUGCGUGGUAUACCUUUAAACUGUGCGGUUAAAAAUUAAAUAUAAGUGAUUUUCUUUGCAGCACUACACAGAAUCUGCACUGCAAUGUGUACUUGUUUUGUCUUUUUAAUAACCACUGCUUCACACACAUUACUGACACUGUCUCGGUCAUUGUUUCAUAUGUAACAGACAUUAUUGUUUACACUACUACACCUGCAUAGUAAAAUUCAUAUGUAAUUUCUGUUUACGUACUCUCAAUAGGUCACGUGUAACCGUUUGCACAUUGUCUUGUCAUCGGCUACAGCUUCAAUAAACCUGGUGUGCUUCUCAUUCUCUGAA